GAGUAGCCCUUGCUCGCUUUGCAGAAGUCAUCGCUCACUGACAACGACGGCUGAACAUCCAUGACACAGCUACGCACCCGAUGCGAAUUCUACUCCACUUUCGGCGAUCGCGAAGACGACAAUGUCAUGGGUGAUCAACACAUCAUGUCUGACGAGAGACGACCCAUCGCAACUAUCACCCCCGGCGUCAGCAUCUAUGUCACUGCCCUACUCGAGUACGUGGGAGAGCACAUCCUCAAGAACAUCUCUCGUGUCAUUGAGCGAGACAACUCAGAUGAAGCAUCCCUUGCGGACCUCAAGGCCGCCAUUGAAGAAGAUGAGUCUCUCUUGACUGUAUGGCGACAGAUGCUGGUCAAGACUGAGCUCGAGAAACGCAUGGUUGCGGAAUUCGCCAUUCAUAGAGGCUCAAAGAGGACCAGUCGACCUUGGAAGGUGCCCGAUGCAAAUGAGCUAGACCAAGCAGCCGGUAGCUCGAGUACGUUUCGGCGAUCUCGAGGCAAGCGCCCGGAUACGGCUCAGUCAAUUAGCUCGAUUCCCAUGGCAGAACGAAGCAGCUCAAGCGCUAGUGGGCAUGGUGUCGAGAACGCCACCUCAACGAGUAGCCAGUACACGGGAGAGAAUGUUAAUAGUAACCGCGGCACCUUUUCUCCAGUCAACGAUGCCAGUAUCUCCACCGGAGAAGGUCUUCUCACCUCCCCGCCACGUACGAAGAUGGCCCGCCGUGGUAGUGUCGACAAGGGCUUGACCUCGUUGUUCGGAGGCAGGAAGAGAUUGAGCCUCAAAGUGAGCCAGGAUACUCCCUUCAAAGGUCGCUCUAGCAGUAAGGCACCGACGGCUGAGAGGUCGUCUUCUCAGCCUGGAGACACGUCGGAUGUGAGUGUUCAGCUGGCAGCUCCACUUUUGACGCCAUCCUGCUGACUGCAAUCCCUGCUCUUUCGCUGCACAGGACUUCGAGGCACUCGUAAUGUCUAGUCAAACAAUGCGAGUGUCUCUCACGCCAAAUCGUCUUCACACAAUCGGAGUAUCACCCAACGAAGAUGAUGCCAAGAAAGCUCGUCCCCGACCUGGCACGCUCAACAUGGCACUCUUGCGAGGCAGUAACGCUGCUGACGGUAGUCGCAUGCCAUCACCCAUGUUGGCUGCUACUCCGAGAGAACCGAUGGAAGAGCUCGCC